CUUCCAAAGUCCAAGCACAUAAUAAAAUCAGAACCAAAUUUUGAUUGUUUUCUUACAUCAGUUGCACUGUACUAUAUUUCCAGAGUAUAUAUGAAGAUUUGAUGCAACUCCACUAGAAAUAAAGAUAACAAAACAUACACAGUUUUGAGCACUCACCACUUCCACUAUUUUCACAUUUUCCCUUUUUCAAUAUACUAGGGUUUCCCCCCACCUUUUAUUUCUGGUUUUGUUUCUACUGAAUUUGGAUGAACUGGCUCUUGAAAUAUCAUCACUUGUUUGUCUCUUGCUAUUCUUAGUGUCACAUCUUCAUGUGGGAUCUUGCUGUUUACUCCUAACAGAUGAGUCUGUAACUUGAUUGGAUCCUCAUAAAGUUAAAUCUUGAGCGCACCCUUCUUGAUCUUAUCUUGGUAGGCAUAAGAUUGAAUACUUAUUUCUUGCUCUACUUCAAAUGAGGCCCUUUGAGAAGAUAAGGCUUGAGGUUAACUGCUUGUUCAGUUUCAAGCAUAAUUUCCAUCUGAAAAGGAGUCCCUUUUAUGUUAUUGAAAACUGAUUUUGAGAAAAUAAGGCUUGAGUUUAUUGGGGGUAGUGCUUAAAGAGAGAGAGAGAGAGAAGAGAGAGAGAGAGAGAGAGAGAGGGAGAGAUGGUGUCUAGAUCAUACUCAAAUUUGUUAGAGCUAGCUUCUGGGGAAGCUCCAUCACCAUCUUUUAGCCGUAUGAGCCGCCGUAUCCCUCGUAUUAUGACAGUAGCUGGGAUAAUGUCCGAUAUUGAUGAUGAUGGUUCGGACAGUGUAUCCUCGGAUCCAUCAUCUUCAUCUUCUCAUAAGGAUAGGAUAAUUAUUGUGGCCAACCAGUUGCCUAUAAAGGUGCACAAGAAAACAGAUAAUAGUAAAGGUUGGACUUUUAGCUGGGAUGAUAAUUCACUUUAUCUCCAACUAAAAGAUUGUUUAGGAGAUGAAGACACUGAGUUCAUUUAUGUGGGGUGUCUCAAGGAAGAAAUUCACCCCAAUGAUCAAGAUGAGGUCUCUCAGAUACUCCUCGAGACAUUCAAGUGUGUCCCGACCUUUUUGCCACCUGAUCUGUAUAGCAGGUACUACCAUGGCUUCUGCAAACAACAGCUAUGGCCUUUGUUCCACUAUAUGUUGCCUCUGUCGCCCGAUCUAGGAGGUAGGUUUAACCGCUCGCUCUGGCAGGCUUAUGUAUCGGUGAACAAGAUUUUUGCUGAUAGGAUCAUGGAAGUGAUUAAUCCAGAAGAUGACUUUGUUUGGGUUCAUGAUUAUCAUCUGAUGGUACUGCCUACUUUCUUGAGGAAGAGGUUUAAUCGGGUAAAGCUUGGUUUUUUCCUGCACAGUCCGUUUCCAUCGUCGGAGAUUUAUAAGACGUUACCAAUACGAGAGGAGAUUCUGCGAGGUCUGCUUAAUUCUGAUUUGAUUGGUUUUCACACAUUUGAUUAUGCCAGGCAUUUCCUCUCCUGCUGUAGUCGAAUGCUGGGGAUUUCAUAUGAGUCGAAGAGGGGUUAUAUAGGACUUGAUUAUUAUGGCCGCACUGUUAGUAUCAAGAUUCUUCCUGUUGGCAUUCAUAUGGGUCAGCUUCAGUCUGUUUUGAGCCUUCCAGAGACGGAGGCGAAGGUAGCAGAGCUUGUUAAGCAAUUUUCAGGACAGGGGCGGACACUGCUACUCGGGGUUGAUGACAUGGAUAUUUUUAAGGGCAUCAGCUUAAAGUUAUUAGCAAUGGAGCAGCUUCUACUGCAGCACCCCGAGAAGAAAGGAAAGGUCGUUUUAGUUCAGAUAGCUCUUCCUGCUCGGGGCAAGGGAAAAGACGUCAAAGAAGUGCAGGAUGAGAUGUAUGCAACAGUUAAGCGGAUAAAUGAGACAUUUGGAGAACCUGGAUAUGAUCCGGUCAUCCUGAUUGAUCAGCCUCCUAAAUUUUACGAAAGAGUUGCUUAUUACGUUGCUGCUGAAUGUUGUUUGGUUACUGCAGUUAGGGAUGGAAUGAAUCUCAUACCAUAUGAGUAUGUUAUCAGUCGGCAAGGCAAUGAGAGAUUGAAUAAGAUAUUGGGACCCGAAGCAUCUACCCCCAAAAAGAGUAUGCUUGUUGUAUCCGAGUUCAUUGGAUGCUCUCCAUCUCUAAGUGGAGCCAUUCGAGUCAAUCCAUGGAAUAUCGAUGUGGUGGCAGAGGCGAUGGAAUCAGCCAUUGAAAUGCCGGAGCCAGAAAAACAACUGAGGCACGAAAAACACUAUAAAUAUGUGAGCACGCAUGAUGUCUCAUAUUGGGGUAAAAGCUUCCUGCAAGAUCUGGAAAGGACUUGUAAGGAUCACGUGCGACGCAGAUGCUGGGGUAUUGGAUUUGGCUUGAGCUUUAGGGUCGUUGCACUCGAUCCUAAUUUCAGGAAACUGGCCAUGGAGCACAUAGUAUCGGCUUUCAAAAGGACUACAACUAGAGCUAUUCUUCUCGAUUAUGAUGGAACUUUAAUGCCUCAAAAUUCAAUCGACAAGAAACCAAGCUCAAAAACACUUGAUAUAUUAAAUAGUUUGUGCAGAGACAAGAACAAUGUGGUUUUUAUCGUAAGUUCUAGACCGCGAAGCAAGCUGGAUGCAUGGUUUUCAUCUUGUGAUAAGCUGGGAAUUGCAGCCGAGCAUGGCUAUUUUAUGAGGAUGAAGCGAGACGAGGAAUGGGAAACCAGUAUUCCGGCAGUAGAAUGCAACUGGAAGCAAAUAGCAGAGCCAGUAAUGCAACUGUAUACAGAGACAACUGAUGGAUCAAUGAUUGAACUUAAAGAAACAUCAAUGGGAUGGUGUUAUGAGGAUGCUGAUCCUGAUUUUGGAUCCUGCCAAGCGAAAGAACUUCUUGGUCAUCUGGAGAGUGUUCUUGCUAACGAACCUGUUACUGUCAAGAGCGAUUCAAAUUGCGUCGAAGUUAAGCCACAGGGAGUUAGCAAAGGUCUUGUAGCGAAACGGCUGCUGUCCUCGAUGCAGGAAAGAGGAAUGUUGCCUGAUUUUGUGCUGUGCAUUGGAGACGACAGGUCAGACGAAGAUAUGUUCGAGGUAAUUAGCAGCUCGACGACUGGUCCGUCCAUAGCUCCGAACGCAGAAGUGUUUGCGUGCACAGUGGGGCGCAAGCCAAGCAAGGCCAAGUACUAUCUGGACGACACGGCCGAGAUAGUGAGGCUGAUGAAGGGACUAGCUUCAGUUUCGGAGCUUAUGAUACCCAUCUUGUAAGCAUGCGUCUGCUCGUCUCUCAUUCCUGGCUUUGGUUGUUUGUCAAUUGUAAAUUAUGGACUGGAAAAAAAGGAACAAGAUUGUGGUCUUCCUCGUUUUAAUAUUUUGACAUCAUAUGCACGUUUGGUGAACUUUGGGUCAGCUGUAUAUAUAAGCCUUACAAAUAUUCUAAUCUCUCUUUAUAUCUAUUGCAGCAUAGCCUGCCUAAUAAGUAGCUGAUAUUUAUGAUA